ACUCUCAAUCAUUUCAAACCCUUUGAUAUCUUUGCAUCCUUAAAAUAGCCUCCCCCUCCCUCUUGUUAAUUACAUAUGGCUAUUCAUACUUAACCCUUGGUAAACACCUUCACAUAAAACUUCAGAGACAAAGUUCCCAAACUUGCACAUAUCAAGGACUGCACCAUGUCCAUGGCAGGGCUUAUAGACCCAGAAAUGAAUCACAAGAAGACCCUCCACCGCAGAAAUGAUUCUGGUGAGCUUGAUGUGUUUGAAGCUGCAAGAUACUUCUCAGGAUACAAUGAAGCUGUUGGCUAUACUGGCUCUACUUUAACCCAAAAGAUCAUGAGAGAAGAAAGGCACGGACACAGAGCCAGAAUCAGCUUAGACAUGCCAAUGAGAAGCUUGCUUCCUCAACAAUUUCAUGGCAUGGAGAAGCAAAUGAAAGAGAAGAAACACAAGCAGCCUAGCUCUCCAGGUGGUAGACUUGCAAGCUUCUUGAACUCUCUCUUCAGUCAAUCAGCUUCUAAGAAGAAGAAAUCAAAAUCCAGUACACAGUCUAUGAAGGAUGAAGAUGAGAGCCCUGGUGGUAGAAGGAGGAGGAGGAGCAGCAUUAGCCAUUUCAGAAGCUCCAGCACUGCUGAUUCAAGGUCCAUAUACUCUUCUUUAAGCUCAGGUUUUAGAACUCCUCCUUACGUGCAAACACCAACAAAGAGCUGCAAGGAAUUCAGAACCUUGUCAGAUCACAAGCAUGCAGUGUCCUUGUCAACAAAGUACAACGAAAGUGUAAAACCAACCACUUUGCAAAAUGAGUGGUUGGAUGAUAAGAAAAAGAGGGACCCUACUUUGUUGGAUGAUAAUAACAAACAUAGUAAUGGUUUAUCAGAGAAACAAAAGAAAUGCAGCAAUGAGUUUCCUGAGAAAAAUAGGAUAUGGUUGGACAAAUACUCAGAAGAAGAGAAGGAAAUCAGAAAGUUCAAUGAGGUUGAUGAUGGUGCAGAAAGUGAUUCAAGCUCUGAUCUGUUUGAAUUGCAAAACUAUGACUUGGGUUACUAUCCAAGUGGUCUACCUGUCUAUGAAACUACCAACAUGGAUAACAUCAAGAGAGGAGCACCAAUUUCCAAUGGCCCUCUGUGAUACUGUGAAUUUUCUCCUUCUUAAUUGGUUCCUGUUGAACUAGCAAGUUUAGAAGCCAUGUAAGAGAAAAAUCUACUAGAUUUUGCCUGUUUCCUUCUGGGUUUCAUUUCAACUUCUUUCAAUACUUUUCUGUGUGUACAGCUUUUGGAAUGUUUUACUUGUCUUAUAUAAUUUUAUCUACUUUUCUUUCUUUGCUUUU